AUGCGCGUCACGUGUUCGCGCAAUUGCCUGGCCGAGCUGCUCCGCCGCCACGGCCAGACGCGCUGCCCAUCGCAGCUAUCCCCCGCGCGAUCCAUGACGCGUGGCCGGAGCGUGAUGGAGCGGAGCAAGAAGAAGCGCGUGAACGACCUCGAGGUGGUCAUCGAGCGCUGCAAGGUGGUCUCCAAGGUGCUCACGGUGCUGGACGCGCUCAAGAUGGAGGAGGAGCACGUCACCCCUCUCAAGCGCCUCGAGAUCCUGCGCCCGCAGCUCGGCCUCGCCAAGCCGCACAAGGUGGCCCACUUCGUGCACCGCUCGCCGCAGCUCUUCGAGGUCUGCCGCGACAGCCGCGGCGUCAUGUGGGCCGGCCUCUCGCCGCAGGCCGAGGCGCUCGUCGAGGAGGAGGCGCGCCUUCUGGAGGAGCACUCGCCCACGGCCGCCCAGUACGUGGCGAGGCUGCUCAUGAUGUCGGUGGGACGGCGCCUGCCCGUCGACAAGAUCGCGCAUUUCCGGCGUGACAUGGGGCUUCCCCACAAUUUCCGGACGCGGUGGGUGCACAUGUUCCCUGAGCUUUUCAGGCUGGUCACGCUGGAGGAUGGUGACUACUUGGAGCUUGUUUCCUGGAACCCAGACUGGGCAGUCACCGAGCACCAGAAGAAUGUGGCAGCAUUGGCCGGCGACACCAAUGCCAAUUCUAAUGCUUGUGCGCCAGGAGAGCUCUCACUUCCGUUCCAUAUGAAGUUCCCACCAGAUUUCAAAAGCUACUACAAAUUUAGGGGGAAAGCUCAUCACUAUGUGAAAACUGGUAAUACUGAACAGUUUCAGAAGACAUCUUACCUAUCCCCUUAUGCGCAGGCGACAGGAUUGACCCCUGGAUCACAGGAGUUUGACAAGAGGGCGGUUGCUGUGAUGCAUGAGAUACUGAGCUUCACACUGGAGAAGAGGCUGGUAACUGACCACCUCACGCAUUUCCGUCGCGAGUUUGUUAUGCCGCAGAAGCUGAUGAGAUUGCUACUGAAGCAUUAUGGUAUCUUUUAUGUGUCUGAGAGGGGUAAGCGGCUGAGCGUGUUCUUGACAGAGGCUUAUGAUGGGACAGAGUUGAUAAAAAAGGCCCCGUUGGUAAGGUGGAAAGAGAAGGUCCUUCAACUUACUGGUUAUAGAGGAAAGAACAAGAAUAUUGGGAAAGUUCAUGAGUCUUCUGAUUCAGAUGACAAUUUGUUUGGUGGCGAUGAUGAUGACAUAUUGAAUGUCGAAAGUGAAGAUUCAGACGAUGUAUUGGAUGAUGGUACUCUUGCAGAUGAUGAUGAGAUGGAUUUAGGCGAUCUAAGUGAUUAUACAGAGGAUGUGUCAGUGAAAUCUAGUUAGUACCCUGGUGGUAUACAAAACAUUUUUGUUUUUCUGGUUCCUGAAAUUGAGCUGACAAGUGCUUGUGACCGAAGGAAGAGCUGUGCUUGGUUUCUGUCUUGGCUAGUAGCUGGAGAUUUUCCCCGAGCUCAUAUUUUACUACUACCAGGCUUAAACAGGAUAUAUCGGGCUGGCAUCUAAGCUGGAUCUGCCUUUUCUUCU